AAGUGGAUCUAUUUAACCUUUUGUAGUCAGUAAGAUGCUUUUGGGUGUUUCGUCUAACACACAAAGGGAGGAGCUAGGAGGAGGUUAAGUGCUGUGUUACGUUUAUAUAUGAGUUAAUCAUUCAUAUUUACAACUGUGUGACGGUAAUCACUUAGACGAACAAGAGCCAAAGGUCUCAUCCAGACGUCAGUAAAGGAGAAGCUUGCCUGUGAAUGUUGUCUGAGAAUGGAGGGGAUCACAGGAAGUAUUCUACUGUUGUGCCUCAUCGGCUUAACUAAUGCAAAUACCGCUCCUGCAAUCCAGACUUUCCUUUACAGUUUGUGUGAAGACAUCCCCGUAGGUGGCUAUGCGUUUACUAUAAACGCAAGAGAUGCAGAAGGUGACGCACUAACCUAUACGCUCACUGGGCCAAAUGCUGUUUACUUCACCGUUGGCAGGAACACUGGGGUUGUAACAGUCAACAGGGCCCUAGAUAGAGAGAGUGGUGACUUAAUGGAGCUUGACGUUGCAGUCUCUGAUGGUCCCAAUAAUACACCAGGACAAUUAAAUCUAGUAUUAUUAGAGGCCAACGACAACAAACCCAUAUUUCAGGAGUCUUCAUAUGAUGUUCAGAUCCCAGAAAAUACCAGAGUAGAUACAUCUCUGUUUAGAGUGCAGGCCACUGAUGCAGACACUGGAACUGCUGGUGUUGUUCAGUACAGCAUUGAUGAAGUUACUCCAAAUGAGGGAUUCCGUUUGUUCAGCAUCGUAAGCACAACUGGUGAAGUCAAGUUAAAAGGAUCUCUGAAUUAUACUGCACUGAGCACUUUCUAUCGGCUUAAGAUUAAUGCAACGGAUGGUGGAGGCCAGUGUCAUUUUAAUGAAAAUAAGUUCUUCUCAAGUAUUGCAUUUUCCUUCAUUACGGUUGUGGAUGUCCCAGACCUGGACCCACAGUUCAUCAAUGUUCCCUAUGUAGCGAGAGUUGCGGAGGAUUCCGCUGUGAACUUUUCUGUGUUCAAAGUGACUGCCAUAGACCAAGACACAGGAGUCAAUGAUGAGAUCAUUUAUAGCAUUGAAGACUCGACAGAAGUUGGCCUGUUCGGAAUCUCAGGACAUGGUGGCGUCAUAUCUGUGUUGUCAGCAAUUGACAGAGAAAUUAUUGGUGAUACUGUUACCCUGACUGUAAAGGCCACCGAGUCUAAACCAAACAUCCACGGGUUGCAAGCCACCGCCACAGCAGCUGUACUUAUCAACAUUAAUGACAUCAAUGACAACAAGCCGGAGUUUUACAAGUGUGGAGAGUCAGGAGACUGUGUGAGGAAUACUCACUUCACAGGAGAGGUCUUGGAGCACUCGCUGGGGUCUGUUCCCAUCAACAUGACGGUCAAAGAUCCUGAUAAGAUUUCCAAAACUAAACUAAGCCUGGAGGGAGCUGACAAGGAUGUGUUUUCUGUGGAACCUCAAUUUACCACAUCAGAUAGCAUCGUUCAGCUUCUGGUCAAGCAGCCGCAAAAACUGGACUUUGAAGAAAAACAGCAAAUGGUUCUACGGGUGGUCGCCAUAGAUGAAGAAAACCCCAGCUUCCAAUCCACUGCUACAGUUACUAUUAACAUCAAUGACACCAAUGACAACAGCCCCACGUUCCCAGAGGACACAUAUAAGCUGAAUGUGACUGAGCACUCUGAUGUUGGGACAGAAGUGGCCAGAAUUACUGCAGAGGAUCCUGACACGAUGGAUCAAGGCUUCAUCACCUACAGACUUCUUCCAGACAGCAUCCUACCAUAUUUUGACGUGCAGCCAACUACGGGGAUCAUUUAUGUGAAAAACAAAAGUCUGUUGGAUCGUGAGGUCAGAUCUGUGUAUUCAGCGACCCUGCUGGCCAAAGACAAAGACGAGAAACCCGGCUCCACAGUGCUGGAGAUCACUGUGACUGACAUCAACGACCAGCAUCCAGUCAUCAACAGAGAAUCUUACCUGGUGUUUGUGGAAGAGGGUGGACAGUUUGAAGUUAAGAUAGAGGCUACUGAUGCAGAUGACCCUGAUACAGCAAACAGCCAAAUCGUGUAUGGAAUCAUGCCAAGCAUGUACAGCGGGAACUUCACCAUCGACCCAAACACCGGUGUGUUGAGGAACAACGGGAUCCUGGAUCGUGAGGCCCUGGACCCGCUGCUGAAUGGAAGGAUCGAACUCAACAUAACUGCUACUGACAAGGGAGAUACUCCAUUGUCCACUGUGGUUCCAGUUUUUAUCACUGUCGAGGAUAUCAAUGACAACAUGCCACACUUUGAAGCCUCGUCUUACAAAUUCAGUGUUAAAGAAGGAGAAAAAGGUGCAUAUGUGGGUUGUGUUUUCGCGGAGGAUUUGGACCAAACGACAGACUUUAACCGCAUCUCCUUCAGCAUCAUCGAUGGAAGCUUCGGCAGCUUCAUCAUUCGCACAUUUGCAGACAAGAAGGGUUACAGGGGAAACAUCACUGUGGACCCUGACAUUGAGUUGGACUACGAGAGCACUCGCAAGCAGUUCAACCUGCGGGUAGAGGCGACAGAUCUGGAGCAGAAAAAAGCUGAAGUGACAGUGGUGGUGGACGUGGUGGACAGGAACGACGAGAGGCCCGAGUUCAAGCCGACAGGGCCCGUGACAGUGAAGGAGAACACCAACAACAGUGAGGCUAUUGGGAGAUUCACCGGGGUGGACAAAGACGGAAACCACUCGCUGGUGUACGAGCUGGAAUCCCUCAAGUGCAGAUGCAACGGUUCCCUGACAUCCUGCAGCUGGUUUAUCCUCGAUCCAUCAGGGGAAGUCAGAGUGAACCCGGAGGACACGGUGGACUACGAACAAUGUGAUCAGGCGCUGAUGGAGGCUCGGGUGGUGGACGAGUACACAGAGAAGGGAGAGAACAGCAGCAUUACAACAGCACAAUUGGUGAUCAACAUUGAAGACAUGAACGACAACACUCCAGAGUUCAUUCCCUCAGAUUCUGUGUUUGUUGUGGUGUCAGAGGGUGCAAGUAAAGGGACAUCAGUUGCAGGAGUCACAGCUACUGAUGCUGACUCUGGAGUAAACAGGCAGAUUGACUUUAAAGUAACCGGAGUGAAAUUUCAAGACACCAGCAAUCACACAAAUGAGAUGAGGAUGUUGUUUGAGGCCGUCACCACACAGCAAAAGGACAUUUAUGUUGGGAUUAUACAAACUACCGAAGGGCUUGAAAUGUCACUGAAGGGGAAAUAUUUGGUAACAGUGACUGCAACUGAUACCGGCGGCCUCUCCAGCAGCACCGUACUGGAGAUUUUCACAGUGGAUGAAACGUAUAAGGUUGAACUUCAGUUUACAAAAAGCGUUGCUGACGUUGAGCAGAGUCGUGAUACAAUCAUCAGGUCACUUACUGCUGCCACCAAGGCUGCUGUUGAAGUUGUUGCUAUCAAGGCUGACACUGCUGAAACAUCAAGGGCGUCAGACAUCACUAUCAUGGUGGCAUAUUUUGUCUACUCCAACGGGACAGCUCUCACCUCUAAUGACGUGGAGAAGAUGGUCUCUGAUCCUGAGCAUUAUCCUGUGCUGGCAGACCUUGGCCUCAUGUACAUUGGGAAGGCUGCUGUGGUCGAACCAAAUGUAGAUCCUCUAAAUUACAUCCUGCUGGGGAUGGUGGGAGGCCUCAUCAUCGUGCUGGCUGUCCUCACCACCUCUCUGUUGUGCACUCGCAGAAAGUACAGGAGGAAGCUGAAGGCAGCUAAAGCCAUGAACUCUGCAUCCAUGGUGACUUCUGACAACCAGAAAAGUGGUCCUGUGGUACCUGGAACGAACAAGUACACAAUGGAGGGGGCUAAUCCUGUUCUCAACCUCAACAUCGACACAGCCAUGGUCCUGGACUUGGACGAGGAGGAUUCAGAUGUGGACAAAGUCAGCCUCAACUCGCUGGACUACAGUGAUGAAAUGAUCAUGAGUGGAAAGGGCACAAAUCUUAACAUGCAGAUGAUCCAGGAGGAGGAGGAGGACGAUAGCAGGCCACCAGAGUACAUUGAGCCUCUUGGUGCAGCGCUGGCCCAGCGGGGACAGAAGAAAGAAAACCCUCUUAUGGGUUUUAGUAACCCUGCAUUCAGCACUACAGACCUGUGAUGGAAAUAAUGAAGAGACAGUGACCGAGCUCAGGCCUCAGAUGGACAUAUGUUGCUCCUCUGUAAUCAGGCUGACCAAAUCACAAAUCAAACAUAAUUAUAAAGUAUAUUUUUUUGGGCUUUUAUGCCUUUAAUGGACAGCACAGUGGAGAGUGACAGGAAACGGGGAGGCAGAGAAUGACAUGCAGUGAAAGGCCGUCCGAUGCAGGAUUUGAACCGGGGCCGACUGCAGCGAGGACUGUAGCCUCUACACAUGGGGCGCCUGCUUAAACCACUACGCUACACGACGCCCCACAAAUCAAACAUAAUUAUGCAUGAAGGCCUUGUCUUCAAAUAAUCUUCUGUUCUGACCAAUAGUAAAAUAUUAUUGAAAUUCUACUAUGAGUUUUGCACGAGGCCUAUCGCAUCUAAAGCGAUGAAAACCUUAUAAUGAUAUCAUUAUACUAUUACUUUGGUUGCUUUCUUUUUCUAAACAUUUCUUUCUUUCUAUUAAUUGCUCGCUUGCAGAGAGUUAGAUAAGUACGUUGAUGCCACUUCAUAUCAGUUCAUUAAAUAUGACACUACAACUAUUACAUGUAGCCUGGUUCUGUCCAAAAAUCAGCCUUCCAGCACCUCGAGAACUCACUAAAAAAACACAUAAAAACAUGCUAUAUCCACACAAGAACAGAUUUUCUAAACUUUGGAGAGAGUCCAGUUGGCUGUUUCCCUCUGUUUCCAGUCUUUAUGGUAAGCUAGGCUAAGCGCUAAACUAAGCUCAGAUAAUCAUAGCUUCACCUUUGCUGUACAGAGAUGAGUGAUAUUGAUCCUCUCAUCUAACUCCCUCAAGGAAGCAAAGAGCAAACUUCCCAAAAUGCCAAUGGCUCGUCCUUUAAAACUGUCUUUACAAAAAUAUCUAGACAAUGAAAUCUAUGGAAAAGCAAACAAAACAACUGUUUGUUGCACAUGUGAAUCACUUUAUUUUGUUCAUAUAUUAAGCAAUGGUUUAAAAAGUGUUUGGUUUGCUUUGAAAUAAACUGUAUUAUAAGUUAUGCCAACACACAAUGCUAUUUUUUGUUGCAGCUGAUGCUACUAGAAAGAAAAUCAAAAAAGAGGAGAAUAUUGCAUAAUGUUGGUGUAUGAAUGAAAUCAUUAUUUAUAACUGCAUGUCAGCCUGAAGGUUUAACCUAAUGCAUGUUUCAUUUGUCAGUGUUUGCUUGGGGCUUGAGAUACUUGCUGCUGAAAUAAAACCUCAUGCAGUGUGACGUUGUGACGUCCUACAAGCAGCAGAUGCAAAAAACUAUUUCACUGUUUACUGACAUCUAAAUGAAUGUAUUACAAGUGCAAUCUGUGAAUAAAAUAAUUGUCUUCAAAUGUG